GGGAUGAGGGAGGUUCUGUGGGACUUGUGGGAGGACCUGUCAUAAUUUCAAGUGCAUCGACAGAAAAGAAAAGCGAGUUGUCUCCGUAGACUAUUUUAAUCUUAUUGUUUCUUUGUUUUGCUCAAGUUUUUGUGAGGUGAUUAGUUUAUCAAAGUGAUUAAACAUGAAAAAGGGAUACAAAGUUACCGACGUCGACAGACAGAAAAAGAUCGGAGUUGCCGCCGAAAAUCUGGAAGAGUUGAUCGAGAAGUCAUGUAAAAAGUUAGGGGUCAAUGCCAACUGCUGUGACUACCGCCUGUGCGUGGCUGAGGACGGCACGGCGGUGCAGGACGACGAGUACCUGGCCACGCUACCGCCGCAGACGCUGCUCGUGCUGCUCAAGAAUGAGGAAAAAAUGGUAACUGACUUUGACUACUACUAUAAUAUGAUUCGAUCGACAAAACGGGAGUUCAUCGAUUCUGGGAAGGCUGCUCAGGAGUUCCUUAGCACUGAUAUCCGGGAGAAGUUCAAGGUUUUCCAGCGCUACAUCGCGGCGGCCGACGACGCACGCACCAUGCUCAGCGAGAGAGCCCAGGACCCCGACUGGUUUCAAGGUUUAGAACCAUCUGAGAAAAGCAAAGAACAUUCCAUGUCAAAAAGGGUGAAAGAAAGAAUGAGAGGUUACUACUACAAAACCAAAUCUGCACUUCAGGCAUCAGACUUGUAUGUGCAUUCAAAAAAUGGCCUUGGAAAGAAGCUAAUAGACCAGUUCCUAACUGACCUACGAACUCUCCUAGAGUCAAACAAGUACAACGAAAGCUACUUCAACAGAAAAGCUGAUGAAGAUAUGAGGCUUUGCAAGAACACGGGGUUAUUUGAGUGUGGUGGACUCUGGAAUGAAGCGAAGUGCACAUAUGAGGGAGACCAUGUCAUCAACCCCUACAGGAGCAGAGAGGAACGGAUCAUAUUCCAAACAUGGAACCUUGACCACAGGAUUGAGCUGUCCAGGUCAAUUAUACCGAAAAUACUCCAAGCCAUCAGCCAGAUCAUGAGUGGAACCCUCAGCUGUAUCCACUGCAGUAAACAAGUCAGUGUAGGUGGAAUAGUAGCAGACAGGUACUAUCUUCAAAUAUUCACGAGGGAGAAUCUGAAGCUAGUCCACAUUGUCUGCCACAACAAAAGCAAACAUAGUGCGGAGUCUGACAUUUAUACAGUGUGUAAGAAGUGCAUCCGUUCUCAAAGAAUAGAAUGCAAUUAAAAAGACUGUGAUAUCGAAAUCCUGCUCCAUGAUCUGGUCAUCACUAAAGAUGUCCUAAAUGUUUUAGAGACUUAUUAGUACUUGUAAUUACUAAAAAAAUAUGUUAACUGCUAAAUGAAAUCAUAAAACUUACAUAAUAUGUAUAAUAAUGUAAUUUGAAGAUCAUGGUGGGCUAUUGUGAAUACAAGAUCAUGAGUUAUGUGAGAGAAUAUUGUAUUUUUGGGAAUGCACUUGUAAACUUUGCUACCCUAUAAAAACAUUACCCUCCUCCUUCGGCAGUCGGGUAAAAAAGGAUCCUGCCAUGAUCAUGCAAGUCUAUUACCAGCUAGACUUGUACUAAACAAACUGUCUUUAAAAAUAAAUGAAUGUAGUUAUGUGUAAGAUUUGCAAUAUCUCAAUGAAGGCAUCCACAUUAUAUUUACUUAAUAGAUAUUAUGUAAGUAAAUUGUGUACUACGUAGCCUUCAUAAGUAGUGAUUUAUUUACACUGUUAAUGUUAUAAUAAUGUAGAUGUUAGAUAAACUAAACUUUGCUAUUCCCUAAAUUGAUCUCCUAUCCCUAAUGUAGGUAAUGAAUACAUUUACUUGUAUUAUGUAAGAGCUUCUAAUUUAUACAUUAACAAUGGAAAGAUAAACGAGAGCUAAUUGUAAAACUGGAAACCUACUAACACAAUAAGAAAUUUAGAAAUCUCAUUACAAUAAUAUAUAAGAGCAGUUGGCCAUACCUUCCUAAGGUUCCUUUAACUAUAGCUCUAUAAAAACUCUAGACUUGGAAUAUUCACAUGUUUAAUCCGAAAGAACAAUAAAUAUAAUAUAGAGCUUACCAUUUAAUAAAUAAGAAAUAAAAAUCAUUGAAAUUAGAUAUCAAUAAUCCAUAUAAAUACAGGGUGGUAGGUAGCCAUAAUAAUUUCAUUUAAGUAUUUUUUUAUAUUUCAACCAAAAUAUAAAAUGAAACAUUUAUAAAAAUAUAUAUUUUCCUACAAAGCAAAAAUGAAUACGGUUUAAAACUAUUUUUCUCACUUGGAACUAGGAACUUAGGAACAAUAAUUUAGGUAAACAAUUAGAAAGAUUUGACGGUGGUUAUUGUAGGUUUAACUAAGUAGUAAAUUUGUUAUAGUUGGUAAAAUAUAUGGGACUGUUUUAUGCAGGUUUUAAAUAUUAAUUUGUAUUAUACCUAAUGCAUUUUAAUUAUAUUAUGACAAUGGUGGUUUAAUGUUUCCCAUAGGACAAUUUCAUUUAGGUGAGCAGUAGUGUAUAGUCCUAUGGAUUUACACAUACAUAAAUCUGUAGAUAUUAUGUAUACAUAAUAUAAUAUCUACAUAGAGUUUUUCUGACUUCGAUAAAGCUUAUUUACGUUUAAGUACCAAAGCUUCGGUAGUGGUAAAUGGCUUUAUUUUCUAACUUUCCAACAGACAGUCCCUUAGUAAUUUAUUUAGCAAUAUUAAUGUGUAGUGUAGAUGCUUCCAUCGUAGCUUUACCUAACUUUGUGGCUUUUAAAUAAUUAGAAUGUGCCAAAUAGGAUAUGAAUUAUUAAAGUGUUCAAAAUUUACAGUAUUAGAUUCCCAAUCUCCUCCUAAGACAAUUAUUAAUCUGAAAUUGUUAUAGCAUUGUAGAUUAUAUUCAUAUUCGUAUUCUCAACAUUUUAAAGUUAUUUAUAGCUAUUAGAAAACUGCAAUAAAUUAUAUAAAUGUAUUUAUUAGAUAUACUAAAUCAACUAAAAAACACAAAUGCAGUGUAUCAUAUUAGAAAACCAACAUUGUUUACAUGUAUUAUGUAUGUAUUCUAUAAUAUGUUAAAAUAAAAAGUCAUGAAGA